AUGGACAUACCUACCCCAACGAUUAUGUUGCGUGGCUUGACUUCGUCAACAACGGAGCGUGAUGUUCGACGUACACUUGAUAGUGAGCACGCAAAUUACACUGACGUACGUCUUGUUCGCGAUAAGAAAACUGGAAGGUGGAUUGGAUUUGUUGAUUUUGUAUCAGCAAAUGAUGCUAAACAGUUUAUGCGAGAUUGCCAGGGAGAGAUUGAGGUCCGAAAAACGACAAUUAGGCUUAACUAUAGCAACCCUAAGGAAAAGCGUGAUGAGGAAUUCGACGAUGCAUCACCAACUAUUAUGCUGCGUGGGAUUCCCACUUCCCUUGAUCAUCGUGAUAUUCGUGACGCUCUUGAUGAUGCUCGCGUGAGUUACUUAGACGUUCGUGUAAUCAAGGAUAAAACAACGGGUAUAUCGAAGGGCUUCGGUUUUGUGGAUUUCGCUUCUGUCCAUGAAGCAAGACGUUGGAUGGACCAUCAAAAAGGUAUGUUUCGUGUGCGACGCUAUGAAAUACGAUUGAUGUACAGCACUCCCCGCAACCAGCUUGAUUCAUUGGUACAUCAUUCUGGAGAUGCCCCCGGGUUACUUGGUCCGUCAAGCUUUAUGACUCGUCCUCCUGCGUUGUCAGAAGUCUCCACCGGAGACUGGAUCUGUUCAAGGUGUUCUAGUCACAACUUCAGAAGGCGAGAUCAGUGCUAUAAAUGUCAGUUGCCGAGGUCUCAAGUGCAAUCCCUCACAAACUCAGUCGAUGGUGUUGAUCUCAUCGGUACAACUCCAUGCAAUACUCUCGUCUUGAGAUGCUUGGAUGCAUUAACUACGGAAGAUGACAUUUGCCAGGUUUUUCAAGAUACGGCUGACGUAAAGGUGCGACAAUGUCAUGUAAUGAGGGAUGAAGUAACACAUGCUUCCAGGUGCUUUGCUUUUGCGGAGCUUCCCACGGUUGCUGAUGCUUACAAAGUCAUGGAUAUAGUAAACAAAGAAUUCAAGCUUUUUGAGGUUGGAGGAAAAGCAGUAACAGUCUCGUACGCAAAGAAUACUUUCAAUACUAUUAUGGCAACGCUAAAAACGGAAGGAUCAUAUAACGCUCAGUUAAACAGCAGUCGCAACUUGGCUCUGGAUUUAGCUCAUGCAGCUAUGGCUGCACAAAAUAAUAACAUAUCACCUGAUACCGUUGCAAUGAAUGCAGUUGCUGCAUCAGCACUACUGAGUCAAACUUCAAACAAUGGAGCUGCUGUUGCCCAGGCAGCGAUACAACAAAAACAAACUGAACAACAUGUUUUGUCAGCUCUGACAAAAUCUUUGCGUAACCAUUCGGAACAUACUGUCUCUUCUAACUACGCACCGUCUAUGGCAGCACUCGUAGCAUCUGGUCAGCAGCUCCCACCUCCUUCGUUCCCGUUCAACGCUGUGACGGCAUCUACGACUACAUAUCCAUUUCCGGACACAUCCAAGUACAUAUACGACGAGUCUACUCGCUUUUACUAUGAUCCUGUCACUGGUCUAAUGUAUGAACCGAACUCAAAAUACUUCUAUGACCGCGGAAGUCAACAAUAUUAUUAUUGGGAUCAAACGAAGAGUACAUAUCUUCCUGUACCACAAACAAAUCCUCAAUCCAAUUCCGUCGAUAAUGCGGCUUCCAACUCUCAAACCGAUACUUCCGAUGCUCCUAAAAACAAAGAUGAUCGUGGUAAAACAGCUCAACAAAUUGCACGGGAAAUGGAAAAGUGGGCGAAGAAGAUGAAUGCUCAGAAAAAAGCGUCAUCCAAUGUCGGACAACGCUCCGAUGUAAUAACAUCUGAGGCGAGUAGAACAGCAGAUACAGGGUAUGCGAUCUUGGAGGCGUCUGCGAACAACCCACUUACAAGUGACUCGCAUACACCUGAAUCUGCCAGUUUAGUUGCAGAGUAUGGCGGUGUUGAAGAUAGUGACGACUCUGGCCAGGAUGAGACACAUAGUGAAAAACAAGAUUCAUUGACGUCAUUCAAUGCUGAAGCUGAAACAAAGGUUUCAGAAGAAGAAAGCAAACUUUUGGAUUGGGCCAAGCUUGCCUGUAUGUUGUGCUCCCGCGGUUUCAAAGAUGCAGCAACUCUUCAAAAACAUAGAGCAUUUUCUGGUCUCCAUUAUGAAAAUUUGAAUAAAUUACGCGGAAAAUAUGGCUUACCAGCAAUUCCUGUUCCAACCCCUGUGCAAAAUCAGGAAGCUUCUGCAGCUGUUAACUCACCUAAAAAUUCCCUUUCAAUAGCAUCGUUAAUGCAGAUUGGUGCUCAAACGGCCAGUAAUCAUGCGAAAUCAGUGGCUUCUAGACAAGUUAGUAGUCGACAAAGCGCAUCCGGUCAAUAUCGUGAUCGAGCCAAGGAGCGUCGUGAGAAGUAUGGAAUACCGUCUCCACCUAGAAUGAAGUCUGUUGAAAGUCAGCCGUCAGUCGUGCAGAUAGAACAAGAUUCAUUCGUUCCUCCACUCCCACCAAUUCCACCUCCACCCCAGUCAGCUCCCAACGUCGGGAGUCGACUUAUGGAAAAAAUGGGCUGGCAAGCUGGUCAAGGUCUUGGUCGAAGUAAUCAAGGACGAACUCAAAUAGUUGAGGCCGAAUUUAGAGAAGCUGGUGUUGGUCUCGGGAUCAAAACAUCAAAAAGAGGACCUCAGUCUGACAAUUAUAAAGAUAACGUUAAGCGAGCGAUGUUUGCCAGAUUCCACGAAUUAGAGUAA